UGUCGUAAGGCGCGUCAGUUCAGAGUCAACCGUAGACGGCUGUUUUUACGACGGAUGUGACAAGGCCGUUUUCUCUCUCUCUCUCUCUCUCCCCCCUUCUCUCUCUUAUUCUGUCCGUUCUAUCUUUUUCUCAUACACAAUCGUAUGUACAUUUAGUUUUUUUUUUUCAUCCGUUUGUACGCGUCAGUCGGAGACAGUUCGUCGUUCGUAUUUUAAAUAGAAACUCGUCUGUUCGUUGGUGAGUUAUCCAAAGGAUUGUUAUUCGUCAACAAGGCGAACAAGAAUAUAACAGGAAAAGAAAAAAGAAAAGACCGCGAUUCGUGCAAACGAUGAUCAACGUGAAAAGUGUGACAGUGCGCGAGCUGGGUUAAAAUCAAACACGCUUCCUUCGAAAUAAAUAUCACUUGGAUUUCAAUUAAUCGUUUUUUCUUGUGGAAUUAAGAAACAAAAGAGGAGAAAGAGGAGGAGGAGGUGGGAGGAGGGAGGAUAAGAAGAAAAUAAAAUGGCAAACGGAAAUGACAGGGUCAGUCGUGAAACUCGAGUGUUGUCAUAAUAUCAUAGAUCGCGUGGGAUCGAAAGAAAAAGGAAGUGGAAGCAAUGAAACUUCGACGAGAAUCGUCGUCUUAUCCUCCGCAGCAUCCACCACCCGUUCUUAUAACUCGACGACCAUUCUCCUCCUUGAGUCCUUGUUGCUGCUGCCGUUGCCGCUAUUGUUUAUGUAACCGACUUUCCUCCUCGACUACUAUCACUUUCCGUUGCAUAAAGGGAUAAGAAAAAUAAAUACAAAGAAAGAAGGAAAAGUUAAGAGGGAAGAAAAUCAAACGAAACGAUUUAUUUGUCUUCUUCAGUCAUCCAUCGCAAAGGAUUUUCUUCAAAAGUUUCAAAUUGACUAAAGUUAUAUAUAUAAAAGAGAGAGAGAGAACAAAUAUAAUAUAUAAAUAUAUAUAUAAUAUCUAUAGUAAGUGAUAAAAAAAAAAAAAAAAUAAAAGAUUGGAAAAAGGAGGAAAGAGGCGAGCUGUAUAAGCUACGCAGGAUCAAAGUGAAGUGGCCGGUUCUCGGUGAGAUGGCCUUCAUGAUGAAGAAGAAGAAGAAGUAUGAAUUCUCGGUUGAGGUCGACCUCGAGGAACUCACCGCAGUGCCCUUCGUUAGUGCAGUGCUAUUCGCUAAACUGCGUUUACUUCAUGGGGGUUCUUUCGUUGGUCACUCCACUAGGGAAGAAGUUCAGGAGCAUACGGUCAGGUGGAACGCAAAGUUCGAGUUCUGUUGUAAAAUGAGUGCAAAUGCGUCAACUGGUGUUCUCGAUCCAUGCAUCUUAAGGAUAUCAGUAAGGAAGGAAUUGAAGGGAGGCAGGUCCUUCCAGAGGCUAGGUUUUACCGACCUGAACCUUGCCGAAUUCGCAGGAGCUGGUCUCUGUCGAAGGAGGUGUCUCCUUGAAGGUUAUGACGCGAGACAUCGUCAAGAUAAUUCUAUGCUGAGAGUAGCCAUUAAGAUGAACAUACGUUCCGGAGAUAUUCUAUUCAAAGUACCUUCACCAUCGUUAAAACAAACUCAACUAGCAGUUCCCGGUGUCCCCGGUGUGCCAGGAGUUACGGCUGACGAGGUGACCGUUGAAAGAUGUAGCAACAGAGAAGAUUACGUUUCUAGUGGUUCAUUGGCUGGUAGUAUAGCUAGUGCGAGCAGUGGUUUCGGUAGUCUUCCCAAGAAAAGGCCAGCACUGUUUUCCUCCGAACUUCUCAGUGGUACGGAAACAUACGAUCCGAUGACCCUAAGCGAGAUCGUACCUUCGGCAAUUCCGGUCGAAGCAUUGACAGAAGCGCACACAGAAUCGGGUCAUUCGAGGAAUAGCAGCAAUACCAGUCAACUAAGCAAAGGAUCUGGAUAUGGAUCCUUAAACUCGCACAGUCAACACAGUAGACAGAGCAGUAGUGGUGACAGUGGCCAUAUUAGGUCACCCUCCUGGCCGGUAUGGGCACCACGUAUCCCGAAUUAUUCCCAAAAUCAUCCUCCUAACUAUCCUAACAUGCGGUCCGAAACAUCCUUCGAACCAAGGCCACCGUCGCCAACGUCGUCUUCGAUGAUGCUCGUUGAUCCAAGAACCCGAUUCUGGUCCACGUCUAGUCCACUUUCCUCUCGGAUCAUGAGAAACGGUAUGGAUAAAAGGAGUACUGCUGGUGCUGUUGCAACAACCACUGCUACAACAACUUCGAGAUCGAUUUUGAAGAUGCCAGAGACGAUUAUUAAUGCCGAUAAGGGCAACGAAGUAAACGUUGUCGGGGCAGCUGUUAAUCCUAAUGUACAAUUUGUAAAGAAUUUAACCGAAUCGAGUUCGCAAACUCGGAACGGAGUUUCCAUUGAUGAGCAUUACGAAGAUGCCAACAACGUGUUCAGGGUACCCGGACCCCAAGACGUCCCACGACAUUCCCGACAAAAUUACGAAAGGGUUAACAGUUUCGAAUCACGCAAUGAACGUAACAGUAUAGGAAGUUUAGGACAACAUAACAAUAUGAACGAUCGAGAGGAAAUAACCAGUCGGGUGAUCUUACCAAUCGCAAAACCGAGAAUCGGUCAACCAGGGUGGCGUAGCAUGUCGAAAACCUGCGAUUGUAUUGAAAAGAGACAAACUAGCCCAGUUUUACGAUUGGUCGAUCAGGCCAGGGCCGUAUCCUCUCCCGAUCCUCUCCAUAGGCCUGACAAUCCUAGAGCAUCCCUACGCUCCGCGACGACGGCUCAAACCCUCAGAAACCCUUCAGGAGGUUCGGGUUUAAGCGAAACUGGAUCAUUGGACCGUGCUAAAGCUGCACUGGAGCGACGGAAAAAAGCCGAAGAUGGUACAGGAAAUCCUAGCUUGUGCAGGAUCGAAGUCACCAGACCUAAUCCAGAUUCAUUGAUCGAUGAACUGAUUAAGGCUACGAAUUUGGAACAAACGGAUCUCGAAAGUUCUGAGACAACCGGUUUGCAGUUGUUCAUAGCAAAAGAUGGAACAACGGCGUUGGGUAGUCACGAAGUGAAGAGUCAAAUGCCCGCGGGUGUGUUCAAGCAGGUGGUGAUGGAAGAAAACAAUAGGUAACACCAAGCCAUCUCGUCGAGGCGACAAUACGCUAGGCAGCCCAGCACAACAUUCUCAUUGGCCUUGGUGCCUGAACUCAUCUACGAGGCCUACGAGCCGCGGUAGUCACGUUGGAGAACGACUUGUUGUUGUUGUUCUUGGGGUCGAAUAAAAAAAAGAACAAAAACAAAACAUGCUGUCUGAUCGAACAAAUUUAUCAGACUACAAUCAACAACAAAAACACGAUGACACUUCCAUCUAGCGAGAUUAUUUUCUAUAAAUAAUUAUUCUUUUUUCUUGUCUCUCAGCAAUAAAUUAGAC